CCGCUCCUGGGCGGUGACGGCGCCGCUGAGAUUAGGGCUUGAACUGAUUGAUCGAUCGAUCGAUCCAUCGCCCAGCGGCGAUGGGGGCGGCUAGGCGGAUGCUGAGGCACAGCGCGGCGUUGGGAGCUCUGAUCGGGGGCAUUGCAAUCGUGUCCUACGCCAAAUCGCAGCCAGUGCUGGCCAAGGAGCGGGGGAAUGGCGCAGUGGAUUCGCUCAGGGACAGGAUGGCAGCUGUGAAUUGGACAGUGCCGCCGCGAUUGGUCCAGGAGGCGCUCCUGCGCGGCACCAGCCCGGCAAGCCCUCUUGAUCUCCUGGUAGUCGGGGGUGGCGCCACCGGCUGUGGAGUCGCAUUGGACGCCGCUGCUCGUGGCCUCCGUGUUGGGCUGGUCGAGAGGGACGAUUUCGCGUCUGGGACUUCUUCCAGGUCUACCAAGCUCAUCCAUGGAGGUGUGAGAUAUCUCGAGAAGGCAGUGUUUCAGCUGGACUACAAGCAGCUCAACCUCGUCUUCCACGCACUGGACGAGCGAGCGCAGCUCAUCCAGAAUGCUCCACACCUCUGCCACUCGCUCCCCACCAUGACUCCCUGCUACCAGUGGUGGGAGAUCCCAUACUACUGGGCCGGACUAAAGCUCUACGACAUCGUCGCUGGCCGCCAGAUGCUUCACCUCUCCAGGUACCACUCCGCCAAAGAGUCCUUCGAGUUCUUCCCGACGCUUGCAAAGACAGCCGGCGAUGGAAAGACGCUCAAAGGCACGGUGGUCUACUACGAUGGCCAAAUGGACGAUGCUCGCGUCAACGUUUCUCUGGCUUGCACGGCGGCGCUGGCGGGAGCAGCGGUGCUCAACCACGCAGAGGCAACCGCGAUCAUCAAGGAUGAAUCCACUGGCCAAGUCGUGGGUGCUCGAGUCCGGGACAAUCUUAGCGGCAGGGACUUUGACGUGCAUGCAAAGGUCGUGGUGAAUGCCGGGGGACCUUUUGUGGACGAGCUGAGAAGAUUUGCGGACAAGGAGUCCAAGCCGAUGAUCGCUCCCAGCAGUGGCGUUCACGUCGUUCUUCCCGACUACUACUCGCCCGAGUCUAUGGGGCUCAUUGUUCCCAAGACGAAAGAUGGCCGGGUGGUGUUUAUGCUGCCAUGGCUGGGAAGAACGGUGGCUGGCACCACUGAUUCUAUUUCCCCUAUCACCAUGCUUCCGGAGCCGAAGGAAGAGGAGAUCCAGUUCAUCUUGGACGCCAUCAGUGACUACGUCUGUGUCAAGGUCCGUCGCUCUGAUGUUAUGUCCGCGUGGAGCGGCAUUAGGCCUCUAGCCAGUGAUCCGUCCGCGAAUGGAGACACGUCAAGCAUCUCCAGAGAUCACGUAAUCUGCGUGGAGCCUCACGGCAUGGUGACAAUCACCGGUGGAAAGUGGACGACUUACAGAAGCAUGGCUCAAGAUGCCGUGGACGCCGCAAUCAAAAGUGGGAACCUCUCCCCAACAAAUGGCUGUGUGACGAGAGACUUGCCUUUAAUCGGUGGCGAAGGCUAUGAUCCAUCGUGCUUCGCAAUUAUUGCACAGCAGUACGUUCGCAUGAAGCGCACUUAUGGUGGAAAAAUAAUCCCGGGAGCCAUGGACACUGCGGCGGCGAAGCACCUGGCUUCGGCCUAUGGAGGAAUGGCUCAUCGUGUUGCGCUCAUUGCCCAGAACGAAGGUCUUGGAAAACGGCUGGCGCACGGCUAUCCUUACCUAGAGGCCGAGGUCGCGUAUUGCGCGAGAAACGAGUAUUGCGAGUCCGCAGUGGACUUUAUCGCGAGGAGAUCGAGGCUGGCUUUUCUGGACACGGAUGCAGCGAACCAGGCACUCCCUCGGGUGAUCGAGAUACUGGCGGAGGAGCACAAGUGGGACAAGCACAGGAAGAAGCUGGAGAUUAGCAAAGCCAAGGCGUUCCUUGAGACUUUCAAGUCGUCCAAGAACGCGCAGUUUUUUGAUGGGAAACACAAGAUGGUGAGGUAAGGAAAUAUAUUUAUUUUGAUGAUAUCUCUUGGUGGGGAUAUGUAUAAACGUCAGAAUUAAUCUAUAAUCUCACCACUUGGAAAUA